AUGGACCGGCCAGCCUGGCAACUCUGCCGGCGGCGAAUCUCCGCUUGGAUUCAGGAUUUUGGGCCGGCAUUGAUCUGGUCAUAUUUUGCUAGUACAAAGAUGGUGGUGCAGGGAUUUACUGUUGACUUAAAUAAACCUCUUGUCUUCCAGGUUGGCCAUCUUGGUGAAGAAUAUCAAGAUUGGGUUCAUCAGCCAAUUGUUAGCAAGGAAGGCCCUCGAUUUUUCGAAAGUGAUUUCUGGGAGUUUUUGACCCGUACGCAAUGGUGGGUUAUCCCUCUUAUCUGGCUGCCGGUUGUUUUCUGGUUCGUUUCGAGGUCCGUUAAUUUGGGCCACACAAUACCUCAAAUUUUGGUGAUUGUUUCUCUCGGCAUUUUGACUUGGACACUUACCGAAUAUACUCUGCACCGAUUCCUUUUUCAUAUUAAGACAAAGAGUUAUUGGGGAAACACAGUUCAUUAUCUUCUCCAUGGUUGUCAUCAUAAGCACCCAAUGGAUGGUCUGCGUCUCGUUUUUCCACCUGCUGCGACUGCUGUUCUUUUAUAUCCCUUUUGGAAUUUGAUAAAAUUAAUAUCGACUCCAACGAUGGCGCCUGCAUUAUUCGGCGGCGGUUUGCUCGGUUAUGUUAUUUAUGAUGUCACUCAUUAUUAUGUGCACCAUGGCCAGCCCACCAGUGAAAUACCUAAGGGCCUCAAGAAAUAUCAUUUGAAUCAUCAUUUUCGGGUUCAGAACAAAGGAUUCGGGAUCACAUCGUCACUUUGGGACAGUGUGUUUGGAACUCUACCUCCAUCAAAACUGGGUAACAAGAGGUAG